GCAGCUAAUGAGCAGCAGAGAGAGAACUAUGAGAAGCCACCUGCGACGUCAAUGGAAAUUGUGGAGUUUGGAAAUCAGAAGGAACUGAAAAGAAGCAGGGGAAACCAAAGGCAAAACGAGAAGAACAACUCCUCUGCCUCUCAGGAUGCCAAACUUUCUGAACAUCUCGCUUCAGGCUCAGAUCAAGAAGAGUGUCCUGUCUGUGGGAGAAAGUGCAAAUGCAAAUCACAAUUAAACACACACUUCAGCGUUUCCAUGGGAGAGAAACCACACAAAUGCAUGGAAUGUGGGAAGAGCUUCAGUCACAAUGGAGAUCUACAUAAACAUCAAAGCACCCACACAGGAGAGAAAUACAAACUCAUGGAAUGUGGGAAGGCCAUUAGUAAGAGUGAACAUCUCAGUUCCCAUCAGAGGACCCACACAGAAGAGAAACCUUAUAAAUGCAUGGAAUGUGGGAAGAGCUUCAGUCAGAGUAGAAGUCUACAUUUACAUCAAAGAACUCACACGGGGGAGAAACCUUAUAAAUGCAUGGAAUGUGAGAAGAGCUUCAGUCGGAGUGAAAUUCUACGUUUACAUCAAAGAACUCACACAGGAGAGAAACCUUAUAAAUGCAUGGAAUGUGGACAGAGCUUCAGUCAGAGUGGAAGUCUACGCUCACAUCAAAGAACCCACACAGGGGAGAAACCUUAUAAAUGCAUGGAAUGUGGACAGAGCUUCAGUCGGAGUGGACAUCUACGUUUACAUCAAAGAACUCACACAGGGGAGAAACCUUAUAUAUGCAUGGAAUGUGGGAAGAGCUUCAGUAACAGUGCGACUCUACAUAAACAUAAAAGAACCCACACAGGGGAGAAACUGUACAAAUGCAUGGAAUGUGGGAAGAGCUUCAGUGUCAGUGGAAGUCUACGUUUACAUCAAAGAACCCACACAGGGGAGAAACCCUAUAAAUGCAUGGAAUGUGGACAGAGCUUCAGUCGGAGUGCACAUCUACAUUUGCAUCAAAGAACUCACACAGGAGAGAAACCUUAUAAAUGCAUGGAAUGUGGACAGAGCUUCAGUCGGAGUGGAAAUCUACAUUUACAUCAAAGAACUCACACAGGGGAGAAACCAUAUAAAUGCAUGGAAUGUAGGAAGACCUUCAGUGACAGUAGAGCUCUACGUUCACAUCAGGGAACCCACACAGGGGAGAAACCAUAUAAAUGCAUGGAAUGUGGACAGAGCUUCAGUCAGAGUGGAAAUCUACAUUCACAUCAAAGAACCCACACAGGGGAGAAACCGUAUAAAUGCAUGGAAUGUGGGAAGAGCUUCAGUUGGAGUGGAAAUCUACGUUUACAUCAAAGAACCCACACAGGGGAGAAACCUUAUAAAUGCAUGGAAUGUAGGAAGAGCUUCAGUGACAGUAGAGCUCUACGUUCACAUCAGAGAACCCACACAGGGGAGAAACCAUAUAAUUGCAUGGAAUGUGGGAAGAGCUUUAGUGACAAUAGAAAGCUACGUUCACAUCAGAGAACCCACACAGGGGAGAAACCAUAUAAAUGCAUGGAAUGCGGGAAGAGCUUCAGUCGGAGUGGUAAUCUACGUUCACAUCAAAGAACCCACACAGGAGAGAAACCAUAUAAAUGCAUGGAAUGUGGGAAGAGUUUCAUUGAAAGUGGAAAAUUACGUUUACAUCAAAGAACCCACACAGGGGAGAAACCAUAUAAAUGCAUGGAAUGUGGGAAGAGUUUCAUUGAAAGUGGAAAUCUACGUAGACAUCAAAGAUCCCACACAGGAGAGAAACCAUAUAAAUGCAUGGAAUGUGGGAAGAGCUUCAGUGACAGUGGAAGUCUACAUAAACAUCAAAGGACCCACACAGGAGAGAAACCAUAUAAAUGCAUGGAAUGCGGGAAGAGCUUCAGUCACAGUGGAAGUCUACGUUCACAUCAAAGAUCCCACACUGGAGAGAAACUAUAUAAAUGCAUGGAAUGCGGGAAGAGCUUCAGUUACAGUGGAAGUCUACAUAAACAUCAAAGGACCCACACAGGAGAGAAACCAUAUAAAUGCGUGUAAUGUGGGAAGAGCUUCAGUCGGAGUGGUAAUCUACAUUCACAUCAAAGAACCCACAUGGGGAAACCCAGAGAAAUGUAUGAAAUGCCGAAAGAGCUUUUCUGAAAAAAGAUGAAAAAUUAGAAAGUGAAGGGUU